AUGAACGACCCGUCAAACCCGCGAAACUGGCCCUCGUGGCGCAAAUGGCUCAUCGUGGCCGCCAUCACUCCGAUCGACCUGUCAGUGUCGUGGGGCGCAUCCGGCUUCUCCCCGGCAGCGGCCAGCUUCCGUGCCGAUUUCGACGUCUCCGAGACGGUCGCCACGCUCGGCCUGAGUCUGUACAUCCUCGGCCUGGCUUUCGGACCAAUGACGCUCGCGCCGCUAAGUGAGUUCUUCGGGCGCAGCGUGAUCUAUAUUGGGUCAUAUGCUGUCUUCUUGCUUUUUCUGGCGGCGACGGCUCUUGUUCAGAGUGUGCCUGGGUUCAUGGUGUUGAGGUUCUUCAGUGGAAUGUUCGCCGCUGUGACUAUCGCCAACUUUGGAGGCUCAAUCGCCGACAUGUGGUCACAUCACAAGACCGGUAGGCCCAUGUCGAUAUAUCUCUGGGCCGCAACGUGUGGAAGCCCCUCGGGCUUCCUCGCCAUGUCCUUCGUUGCUGAGUACAGAGGCUGGAGAGAAGUCUUUUGGGCCCUCUUGGGCAUAUGUGGAGGGCUGUGGCUCAUCAUGGCGUUGACACUUCGAGAAACAAGACAUACCACUAUCCUCCGAAGGCGAGCCAGGACUUUGGCGAAACAUGAGGUUUUCGACUCAGAGGCCGCGGCAGCUGAAGCCCCUAAGCACAGGAGUGCGAAUGAGUUAUUCAGUGUCGCUCUGACACGACCUUUCCGUUUCCUGUUCACGGAAGCUAUCGUCAUUUUCGCUGCCUUGUAUAAUGGGUACCUAUAUGGGCUAAGUUUCCUCUUCAAUGGGGCAUUUGGCAUGGUCUUCGGAGAAGAAGGGCACGGUUUCUCCAAGAUCGGAGUUGGAUGCGCAUUCCUGGGGAUUGCUCUGGGCAUUUCAUUGGGUCCGUUCACCAAUAUCUGGCAGGAGAGGCAGUACCAGAAACGUCUUUCGGCGGCCGGAAACACUACUGUUCCUGAGGCGAGGUUGCAUCUGGCCAUGGUGGCUGCCGUGGUCUUCCCCUUGUCGAUGUUUUUCUUCGCGUGGACAACGUACACAAGCAUACAUCCACUAGUACCUAUCGUCGCGUCGGCGUUCUGGGGGUGGUCCUUCUAUACGCUCAUCCUGAUGACGUUCCAGUACACUGAAGAUGCUUAUGGGGUCUUCUCCGCCUCUGCACUCGCAGGCAUUGGACUGGUUCGUAACAUAUUCGGUGCCGUCUUCCCCUUGUUCGGGAGGCAGUUGUUCGCGAACCUCGGCUACCAGUGGGGAGCAAGCCUGCUGGCCUUCUUGGGAAUAGCAUUGAUCCCGAUACCAUUCGUGCUUGCACGCUACGGGCCGGCGAUACGCCAGAAGAGCCCUUGGGCAAGUCAGCAUAUUGAUGAUUCUGAAACGUGA